UGGCGCUGUCCCUUUAAACGGUCGCAGUUUGUGAAUGUGGGCAGAGAGUGAUGUGUAGUGAAGAGGAAAAACUGGCUCCUGAUUGCGUUUGGUGAUAACACUAUUACCCUUAACGAUUUGUAGACAGCUCGGAAGAGAACCUCAGGCUGCAAGAACACCACCUGCAAGAUGAAAAAGCAGCAGCCCCUCAGCGCUUUAGUGACAGCUCUACAGCGCGGACAGGUUUUCUUCUGAGCGAGUGGGCGCCUCUACAAUCCCUAACUUUGGGGAAAUAAAAUGGAAUUUAUCACGCUAACAUUCACAUCUCUGCUUUUACUCUCCGCGCAGCAUAAUAAGUUUAUAAGGGCAAUGACUGAUCUCGGGGAUUACAUAACCACUGAUAUAGAAAUUUCUUGGUUACCAAACCUGGAUGAUUUAAUGAAGGGAUAUGCUCGGAACUUUCGACCAGGAAUAGGAGGGCCUCCUUUGAACGUAGCUUUGGCUAUAGAAGUUGCCAGUAUUGACCAUAUAUCGGAAGCGAAUAUGGAUUACACAAUGACAGUUUUCCUACGUCAGAUCUGGAAAGACGAACGGCUGUCUUACAACCACACCAACAAGACUCUGGGCUUGGACAGUCGUUUUGUGGAUAAGCUGUGGUUACCAGACACGUACAUAGUGAAUGCAAAGUCAGCUUGGUUUCACGAUGUUACAGUGGAAAACAAACUUAUCAGGCUUCAGCCAGACGGAGUUAUAUUAUACAGCAUCAGAAUUACUUCCACAAUUGCUUGUGACAUGGAUCUCACCAAAUACCCAAUGGAUGAGCAGGAAUGCAUGCUGGAUCUGGAAAGUUAUGGCUAUUCAGCUGAUGAUAUUGUCUAUAAUUGGUCAGACAAUCAGGAUCAAAUACAUGGACUGGACCAAAUUCAGUUGGCUCAGUAUACAAUAACCAACUAUUAUUUCGUCACAGAAAUGACAAAUUUCAAAUCAGCAGGUCGAUUUCCACGGUUAAGUCUUCAUUUCCAGCUGAGGAGGAAUAGAGGUGUUUACAUCAUUCAGUCGUACAUGCCUUCCAUCUUGCUGGUGGCAAUGUCCUGGGUAUCUUUCUGGAUCAGUCAGUCAGCAGUGCCAGCUCGCGUCUCGUUAGGUAUCACAACAGUAUUGACCAUGACAACGCUGAUGAUCAGUGCAAGGAAAUCUCUACCCAGGGCUUCGGCCAUUAAAGCACUGGACGUGUAUUUCUGGAUCUGCUAUGUCUUUGUUUUUGCUGCUCUUGUUGAGUAUGCUUUUGCCCACUUCAAUGCAGACUACAUGAGAAAGCAGCGUGCAAAGAUUAAGGCAAAUAAAUCCUGUGUGGAGGCAAUUAAGAGAAAUGGAAAGGACGCAAUAGUUCUGUUCUCCUUAUCAGCAGCUGGGGUGAACCAGGAAUUGUUCAUGUCCAACAGACUGCACCGGGCUCGUAGGAUUCUCCAUGGAGAUGAAAUUGAAAACGGAAAGACUAGAGCAAAUAAGCACAACCCAAAGCCAAGCAAAAAGCUCACACUGAAGUCCGUAUUCAAACCUAUUGAUUCUGACACCAUUGAUAUUUAUGCAAGAGCUGUCUUUCCAGCUGCUUUUGCAGCUGUCAAUGUCAUCUACUGGGUUGCUUAUACAAUGUAAAAGGGAUGCAGUCUGGCCCCAUCACAAUAUAGGAAGGCACUACCUAUACAUGAAGAUAGAACAUAUGCAUGAUGCCAAACCUCCAGAGUCUUUGAUCUGGAUGCUUUGACAUGCCAAGGAAGCAUUUGAUAAAUGUGUAUAAAUACUAAACAAUAAAGAGUGAUUAAUGCCUGAUGUGAUGUUAUUUGUCCUCAAUUAUCCUUUGUAUAUUGGUGUUUGCCCUCAACAACCUUGGUGUCUUAAAUAUCAGCAAAUCACCUGAUGUGAAGAUGCAAACAAUCUGUACCUUGGAAAUAAUAAAGCUCAUUUAACUUAA